GAUUCACAAGCCGGCAAGCGUCUGUCUGUAUCUGAGCGUCACGCGGCUGUGCGGAAACCGGGUCGAAGAUGGAGGAAUACGCGCGAGAGCCUUGCCCCUGGAGAAUAGUGGAUGAUUGUGGUGGUGCUUUCACAAUGGGAGCCAUCGGUGGAGGCAUCUUUCAAGCCAUCAAAGGAUUCAGAAAUUCUCCAGUGGGUGUAAAUUACCGGUUGCGGGGUAGUUUGACGGCUAUUAAAAGCAGAGCACCACAGCUAGGAGGUAGCUUUGCUAUCUGGGGUGGUCUCUUCUCCAUGAUCGACUGUAGCCUGGUGAAAGCAAGAGGAAAAGAAGAUCCUUGGAAUUCUAUUACCAGUGGUGCUUUAACAGGGGCCAUUUUAGCUUCAAGAAAUGGACCAAUUGCAAUGGUUGGGUCUGCAGCUAUGGGAGGAAUUCUUCUAGCUUUAAUUGAAGGAGCAGGUAUCAUGUUAACAAGAUUUGCAUCUGUGCAAUUUCCAAAUGGUCCUCAGUUUUCUGAUGACCCAUCUCAGUUACAGGCCUCUCCUUUUGGGGACUAUAGGCAGUACCAAUGAUUUCUUCUGUUUCUGCUGAAUUUUAAAGUUUUACCUUUAAAAGAAGAAGCAAAAUGCAGCCUCAUUUGAAGACUUUUCAUUGGAUGUGUACAUGUAGAUGUUAUUAUAUUUUUCACAAUAUUUAAAAGAUAAUGAAUAUGAAUCUAUCACUGUAAAUAAAUAUGAAAUGCCUGCAAACUCCAUAGAUAUUCCUUAACUUAAGGAUCAAGCAACAUAUGGAUCUGUGGCCUUUUUCAGUAUAAUGCAAAUUACAUCACUGGGGAUAUAACAACCAUGUAAUAUCAAAACGUACGGAAUGCAUUAGAAGAAUAUGUGCUGGUAACAGAUAUCUGCAGUGAGCUGCAUUGUUUCCUUCCAGAUAAUCAGAAAGAGAGGUGCAAAGUAAAGAAGAAAUAUUUAAUUUCCUUUUAAUUUUUUAUAAUGUUAAUAUAUUCUCAAUAGUGAGAUUGAAAUAUUAAGAAAGAUCAUAAUAGUUCUUUACUGAAUAUUUAAAAUAAUGUAUUAUGUUGGCAAAAGAUUCAAGGAUUAUUUUUGGCAAAAAAUCUGUUUUUUUCUUGAGCUUUUUUAAUCUUUGGAGAAUAAGUUCUAUAUGUUGUUCACAUAACAGUGGAUGAAAUGUUUGUGAUCAGAUGGUGUAAUUUGCAUGUCUAAAGUUCCUUACCCUACCUGCACAACAACACAAUUGUCCCUCAUAUCAGCCUUAUCUGAAACAUUUGUAUUUAAAACUUUUGUCUGUUUUAAAUGAGUUUACUAUUUUUUCCCAAGCAAUUAUACAAAGAAUAUAAAUAUAUUACCUGUUUUAAGACUAAACAUGAGAAUGAAGUAUUGCUUUAACAAGACAAAAUGCUCUAUGAACUUGUUCAGUAGUUUGGAAAAGUUAGGGAUGUACAGCAUUUCACAUACCAAGGGAAAAACAUGUUUCAGGAUGCCUGAGGGUGUUCUGUUGGAAACUUGUUAAAGCAGCCAUGUCUUCCUACGAUUGCAUGGCUGUCCUCCAUAAUGGUAGCAUGAUGUUGAGAAAAGACACACUUGGUCUGGAGCUACAUGCAGACCUAAAUGCACACUAAAACAACUUUACUCCUAGUAAUCUAAAACAGAUUCCCAACCCCCAGCCUGUUAGGAAACAGACUGCACAAGUGGUGGAUAAGUGAGCAAAGCUUUGUCUCCACAGGUGUGGGAUCUAGGUUGCACAUGAAACCAUUCCCCCUCUAUGGAAAAAUUGUCUUCCAUGAAACCAGUCCCUGGUACCAGAAAGGUUGGAGACUGCUGAUCUAAAGUACUGAACAGCCCUAUUAUAGAUCUUAUUUAUGUGAUACUAGUUGCAAAAAAACUGGCAACACAGAACAGUCUUUCUGAAGUUAAAAUUAAAUUACUGCUCUCCAAAGGCACCUAUGUCUUAUUGUUACAUUUUAAAAUGCAUCUUCUGUAAGGAUUCACACGUGUCAGCUUUCUGUGCUUUCUGCAUUGUCUUGAGGUAGUCAACUGUGGCUGGGCUGCACCAUUUCAGAUAAACAUUUAAUUAAACAAAGAUACAGUAAAUUAAUAGAGAAGACAGUUUAAACUCUUUCUCCAUGUGGAAAAAUUUGAAGUCUUGGAAGUUCCUAUCUGUACUCUAGUACAAUCCCAGGAUCUUUUGUCAUUUUAAGUAAGAAUUGAAUUUUCUGUAUUGCAUGGAGAUUUACAUGUCAAUAGUACAAUACUGAAGAUUUUUGGAUAAACUAUUUUAAGAAGUUAGCUCCAAUAAAUUCACAAUUGCUCCAAUAAAUUCACAAUUAUCAAAUUA